UUGUCGGCUAUUGAAGAUUUCGAGAAUUCGCAGGAAACGGAGGAAACGAAUGCGAUUGACGAAAGCCAUAUUCAAUCCCAAAGAAAGGAAAACUACAAAAGUCCAGCAAGCGUUCUUCAACCAAGUGAAACCGAAGUCAUUUUGUGGAAAGGUUAUCUCACCAAAUUCGGAUUGACAUCUUUCCGUGAUUUCCAAAUUGCAGCCAUUAAUGCAGUGGAGAAAAAAAAUGACGUGGUGGUCAUUCAGCGGACUGGAAGUGGAAAGAGCCUUGUGUAUCAGAUCCCUGCUUUGUUCUCUACAUUCAAGUUCACUAUCGUAAUUUCUCCUACAAUCUCAUUAAUAUUGAAUCAAGUAAAUCAAUUAAAGGAAAAGGGUAUAAACGCAAUUCCCUUUGGUAAUCCUGCUGGGAAGGAGAAGGCUAAUUACAUUGCAUUGCUAGAUGAAAAAGAGAAGGAAAAACCAUCGCUUGUUUACAUGACACCAGAGUGCUUUUCCAAACACAUGCACUUUUUUGCGCAACACAGAGAUGAGAUAAAAAUGGUAGUACUGGACGAGGCACACAAAAUAUUUGACAGGAACUCAGGGUUUCGACAAUCUUACGAAUCGCUCAAAGAAAUUCAUGCUAAGUUUCCUGCAACACCAGUUGCAGCUUUGACCGCUACCAUUGACCGUGUGUCCUUAGAUAAACUAUGCACAGAAUACUUGCGAGAUCCCGUACUUGUUAAAGGAACUGUCGAUCGCCCAAACGUUAAACUGUCGCUCGGGAAGUACAAAGUUGUCGCAGACCGAGGAAAAAGAGGCGAAAGUUCUGAAAGUGGUUCCAAACAAAAGGGUCAGCCUUGGAAAGAUGUUGCACAGGAGAUAUACUCGUUGGUUGGAGAAAACUACGCGAUCGUUUACGUUGAUUUCAAAAACGACGUAGAAAAGAUGGUGGAAUCUUUAAAGGCGUGUGGUGUGGAAGAAGCUAAAGGAUAUCAUGGCAGAGACAUGACAGUGUCGGCAAAGGUCGAGAUCGAAAGGGCCUUCAGGAACAAAGAAAUUCAAGUUUUAGUUGCAACUGAGUCAUUCGAACUCGGUACACAUUCUCCACAUGUCAAUAUUGUAAUAAGGGUUGGUUGUGCACGUAACAUGAGGGCCGUUGGGCAAGAGCUUGGUAGGGCGGCUAGAGAGGAAAAUAAUGGCCACUUUGUUCUGCUUUUUAACGAAAACAAAGACGAUCAACGGUUUGGUUACUGGACAAGAGGAUGUUCAGACCAAGAGAAGGAAAAACAAGAACAGGACUUCCUGUCAGUGUGGAGGUACGUGUAUCAAAUUUAUAUCGGUCAAUGCCUUCGAAAACAAUUCGUCAAAGCAUUUGGGGAUAAUCCAGAGGAGUUAAGCGUUCUGUCAGGCGAUGAAUGUUGUGACAGUUGCCAAGAAGAACAAUUAAAUCAACCGAAGAUGAACGGCAAGGAAACAGCUACGACGGUUAUAAAUGCAAUUCAGGAAUUAUGUGGCUUAUCUAGAUUCAGCGACGGAGUAAACGAAGGGAAACUUGUCUCGUUUAUUCGAGGUUCUAAUCAGGACUGGUUAAAGGAAGGAGACGUGCAACCUAUCAUUGAAGGGUCUGCCACGUAUGGAUCAGGCAUGGGACAUGAUACCACCUGGUGGAGCAGGGCGCUAAGGCAAUGUGUUGCUCUAGGUUUUGUAGACAUAGCAUACAAAGUCUCUUUGUUCAACAAUUUUUAUAAAACGUCAAGGCGCUAUGUUGCAUCCGUGAAAGGCAAAUGCUUCGUGCAAAAACCGUACGACAUCUCCGUUCUUGAUCCAUCGGUAGAUCCUUUCAACCCAAAUAAGAAAUCAAACAGCAGAAACAAUGUCAAGUCCACCACUAGCAGAGGAGUUCAUUUCCUACCAAAAGUUAGGAAACUCUUAAAAGAUAAAAGCAGCUGGGUGGACAUCAAGAAAAGAGAAGAUUACGAGUUUCCAGGCUUUUCUGAAAAUAAUGGAAAGUUGAUGUUCACCCAAGAUUUUAAAACACUCCCGUAUGCAGCCAAAAACAGGGUUCACUUUAUUUCUGAGGAUAACCAGCUAACAACGCGUGGCUCGCAAAAGCAAAAAGUGCUAACUGAGGUCGAUGGAGUGGAAACAGAAGUCUUUGUAAAGAGAGGACCUUGUGAAGGGGUAAAAGUAUGCAGCGCUGACAAAUGUGGUUACACGGUGGCAAAUACGCAGUUAAGGAACAAAUGCAAGGAGCAUGGUUCCUCCAAACCAUUAACAAGAACCGGAAAAUGUCCUAUUCACUUUGUUUAUAUUUGGCCCACUAUUAGUACGGAUGAUCGCAGAUGGAUCGGAGUUUUUUCAGCCGAAGGAGAGGUGAAGCAUAAUCAUUCAAGACCUGCCGAACACAAGAUCUCGAGCAAAGUGGUUGAAGACAUUCAACAAACAGUUCAUCAGGACAUCACUAAGACUUCCAAGGAUUUAUUGAAAGGUCAGGGUAUGGAGUAUAUACCUGGGGAGAACAGUGCCGCAGCUCUCAACAUUGAUCGCAUAAGGAGGGAGAGGAAAAAAGUUUUAAGCCAACAUUCGACAGAUGUCAGCGGAAGCUCGAGAGUACUCUUCAUUAUCGAGCAGUUUCCAAAGAUCAAAAAGAAGGUGGACGAAGAGACUAAAUGCGAAGACGAAUUUGUCAGGGAAGUAGAGGAACUUGUGGGUAAUUAUCAAAUGGCAGGACUGGAGUACAUCUUUACCCCUCAACGAAACAUGGCAUUCUUUGCGUCUCCUUUCCAGCUAAAGCAAUUAAGCUGCACGAAAGUGAUAUUUACAGACAUUACUUACACUGGCAGCAAUGAUUUCCCGUAUUUACUCAACAUGGUGGCUUUCAACGAAGACAGCUUACAGUACAAUGCUGUCGCGCGUGUCCUGUUGAACCGACAAGAUGGGGGUACCUAUGCAACGGCAAUCAAAGAGGUUUUUAAGAAAACAACUACAGAUCACCCUGACUUCAAAAUGGGAUCAGCUCUGGAGGAAAUCGUGGUUGAUUUCAGUGAUGCAGAAAGCAAUGGCUUUAGAGAUGCUAUCGGGGAAAGCCUGGCAGCGAAGCUUCUCAGAGGUUGCAAUGUACACUGGAUACGAUCAGUACAACGGGUUGAGAAGCUUGUUUGCUCUUCUGUAAACGAAAAAUCGGUCUUUAGGCAGGUCGCCGCCAGGAUACCCGAAGAACCAGAGAAGAAAAAUGUUCUUCAUCUCUUCGAGAUCCUAGCUGGGGAGAAACCUCUGUCAGAAGGAGAACAAAUUAUCCCCGACUUCAAAGUACCAGCUGAUACGACUAAUGAUGCGUGGCGUAGUCUAAAAUCGUGGUCAAGGUGGUGGAAGAGGAUGAAUCAUUUGAGUGAGCAUUACUUUUUGAUUACAGCUCCCUUUCAGACAUGUACUAUCACAAACAGUUUUAUUCACUGACCAUACGAUGAAAACGUUUCAGUUCCUGGUUGACAGCGCUUAAUUUUUUUUUUUUGAACCAUUCAAUAUACCUUCGCGUGCCACAAAGUAACCCCGACUGCUGAACAUCGCACCUCAACG